AUGGAACCCGGAUCCAAGAACGUACUGCAGGUUGCAGCACUUGGACGACCCUUCCAGCUGGGGAUGCUGUAUGACUGUCGGAGUGAUUGUCUCAUUCCAGGCAUGACGUUAUGGGAUCGUGAAGCACUCAAAAAGGACACUGAUGAGAAGUCUCAGCGCAACACAGAAUUUAAGAUCAUUGCAUCUGAUUCCAUUGAAGAUAAAUCUUCUGCUUUGAAUGUUGAAGCUUCACUUAAAGCAAGUUUCUUGGGGGGGCUGAUUGAGGUGGGAGGGUCUGCAAAAUACCUAAAGGACACAAAGGUUUCAAAGAAGCAGGCACGUGUCACACUGCAGUACAAAACUACCACUAAAUUCAUGCAAAUGACCAUGAAUCAACUUGGACGAGGCAAUGUUAAAUACCCUUACGUAUUUGAGCAGGGAGAAGCCACUCAUGUAGUCACAGGUAUACUUUAUGGCGCACAGGCAUUCUUUGUGUUUGAUCGAGAAGUAUCAAAGAGUGAAGACCGUCAAGACAUUGAGGGAAACUUGCAGGUGAUGAUCAAGAAGAUUCCUAUGCUUGCGAUUGAGGGACAGGGCUCACUACAAAUGACGGAUAGUGACAGUGCUAGCGUUGAGAAGUUUUCUUGUAAAUUCUAUGGAGAUUUUGCCCUCGAAAACAGCCCUGUUUCUUUUCAAGAUGCCAUGAAGGUAUACACAAUGCUGCCAAAGCUGCUGGGAGAGCAAGGGGAACAUGCUGUGCCAAUGCAGGUGUGGUUGUACCCCUUACAAAAUUUAGACUCAGCUGCUGCCCGCCUAGUUUGGCAGAUCAGCGUUGGAUUAGUUAAUCAAGCACAGAGCGUGCUGGAAGAUUUUUCUGACCUUGAAAUACGAUGUAAUGACAUGAAGAAACACAAAGUCAUUACUUACUUUCCAGAGAUCGGCAAAAAGAUAAAGUCAUUCAAAGACAUGUGCCAGGAGUACAAAUUAGUCUUUCAGAAGUCUUUGGCAGAAAUGCUUCCUUCCAUCCGAGGAGGAGGAAAAGAGGAAGGUGAGCUUGCAGACCUCUUGAGAGGUAAGAAAGCAUCUCCUUUCAACAGGAAUUCACUGAAGUCAUGGCUCGACUGCAAACGGAGAGAAAUCACAGUACUCCAAAUGUACACAAACAUGCUAAAAGGCACAAAAAUUGUGUCUUCAAAUGGUGAGCUUGACAAAGAGGUUACCUUGAAUACAGAGGUUAAACAUGUGGUGUGUUUUGCUUUCACAUCAGUGCAGAGUGAGGAGCCAUACCUGACAGCUUUAUCAGAACAGCUAAGCAUUCAGCCCAAGUCCCAGAUGGCUCUUACUGCUAAUGCUAAAAGACCAGAUGUAGAGAGGGGACAGUGGCAAUUGUCUGAGGAUCUGUCAAACAAAUGGACUGUUAAUGGAUGA